ACUGAGUAGCCCUUAUGACCAACAUGAGCUGGAGCUUUCUAACCCGCCUGCUAGAAGAGAUUCACAAUCACUCCACCUUCGUGGGGAAGGUCUGGCUCACCGUGCUCAUCGUCUUCCGCAUUGUCUUGACAGCGGUGGGUGGGGAGUCCAUCUACUCUGAUGAACAGAGCAAGUUCACCUGUAACACCAAGCAGCCCGGCUGCGACAACGUCUGUUACGAUGCCUUCGCGCCGCUGUCACACGUCAGGUUCUGGGUCUUCCAGAUCAUCAUGAUAUCCACCCCUUCGGUCAUGUACCUGGGCUAUGCCAUCCAUAGGAUUGCCCGGUCAGCGGAGGAGGAGAAGAAGUUCAAAGGAUUCAAGAAGAAGAAGCAGUUUGCUUUGAACUGGCAGGCAGUGCGCAACAUGGAGGACCCGAUGGAGGCUGACGAAGAGGAGCCCAUGAUCUCUGAUGACACAGCAGAACACGAGAAAGCCAAAGCCAAGCCCAAGACCAAAGAGCAACAAAAGCAUGAUGGAAGGAGGCGUAUCCAGCAAGAAGGACUGAUGAAAAUCUAUGUCUUCCAGCUACUUACCAGAGCUUCGUUUGAAGUUUGCUUUUUGAUAGGGCAGUAUUUACUCUACGGUUUUGAGGUAGAAGCCUAUUACGUCUGCAACAGAGUCCCUUGCCCUCACACUGUGGACUGCUUUGUGUCCCGGCCAACAGAGAAGACCAUCUUUCUCCUGGUGAUGUACGUCGUGAGCUGCCUGUGCUUAUUGCUGAACAUGUGUGAGAUGUUUCACCUGGGGUUUGGGACCAUCCGAGAUGCCAUUCGCAACCGGAAAAUCAACAGCUUUAGGCAGCCUCCCUACAACUAUGCCUACCCAAAGAACAUCUCCUGCCCUCCUGAGUACAACCUGGUAGUGAAAUCAGAGAAGUCCACCAAGAUCCCCAACAGCCUGAUGGCUCACGAGCAGAACUUGGCUAAUGUCGCUCAGGAGCAGCAGUGCACCAGCCCAGAUGAGAACCUCCCGGCAGACUUGUCCACCCUCCACAAACACUUGCGAGUGGCCCAGGAGCAGUUAGACAUAGCAUUUCAGAGCUACAGCAGCACCCAGGCCAACACACAACCUUCUCGAACCAGUAGUCCCGCCUCGGGUGGCACGGUGGUAGAGCAGAACAGGGCCAACACCGCCCAGGAGAAACAAGGUGCUAAACCCAAGGCCAGCUUGGAGAAAGGGAGCUCAAGCAGUAAAGAUGGAAAGACGUCUGUAUGGAUAUAG